GUUUUGUGUGGGUCAUGUCAAGUAGCCUGUAUCAGAUAUAUAUUUUUUAUUGUGACAAUUAAAUUUUAUCAAUACAUUUGGUAAUCCAGAGAUUCACUACUAAGCUAUCGAUGGUUUUGAUGCUAUGAGACUGCUGUAAUUUUACGUAAUCGAUAACCGUUGUGCAGCCCUAGCGAAAUGCAACUGUUGAACGAAUCGUUACGUUGUCUUUCAACGUGUGGUGCGACCAAAUCAUUUUUUAAAUGUUCGGCAAACGUAAGUCCAGCAGCUGUCAGAUACCAGUAUCGCCGGCACUAUGCCAACGUCCCUGCCAUUGCCAUGAGCCACGAGCAAUUUGAUGGCUCCGCUCCCGAUGCUAGCAGGUCUCCCCUAAUCACAAUGCACGGCCUUUUUGGCUCCAAGCAGAACUGGCGCAGCAUAAGUAGAGCCCUGGCCAAACAGACCAAUCGUCGCGUCUACACAGUAGACUUACGCAAUCAUGGAGACAGUCCACACACGAGCACGCACAACUCGCUUGGUAUGACGGCGGAUUUGGUUGCCUUCAUGCAGGCCAAAUCCAUCAGCAAGACUUGUGUGUUGGGUCACAGUAUGGGCGGACGCUCUGGCAUGCACUUUACUUUGUCAAAUCCGAAUCUUGUGGAGCGACUAAUUGUUGUGGACAUUUCACCGGUGUAUAUGCCCAGAACUAUAGAAGAUAUGACGGCUAUUUUUAAAGCCAUGCAGGAUAUCGAUAUUCCCCCGAAUAUGUCAUUAAGCCAAGGCCGCCAGGCUGCCAAGAAGAAGCUCGGAGAAACGGUUGAUCAGUCUUCGGUUGACUUCAUUUUGCUUAAUCUGCGCAAAAAGCCAUCAACUGGCGAAUUCUACUGGGCUUGCAAUGUUGAUGUCCUGGUCAAUAGCUUGCAUGGCUUUACGCACUACAGCGACCACAUCGCCGAUUUGCCACCAUACACUGGACCCACCACCUUUCUCUGUGGUACCCACUCACCCUAUAUGCAACCCGAAUCGUGGCCCGAAGUGCAGAAAAUCUUUCCCAAUGCCAGCAUCCAUUGGCUGGACACGGGCCAUUUGGUGCAUCUGGAGAAGCCACAAGAGUUCAUUCGGAUCGUUACCGACUUCCUAAACAAUCCAUAAACAAAUUCCCCCCCUUUAAACCAAAUUAAUGUUCCAAUGAUCUUGCACAAAUUAGAGCGAGAUGCCGAAUAAAAAUUUGAAACUAAUGAAAUACAGCAACUCGUUCACAUUUGAAAUGUAAAUUUAAUUCUCUUUCUCGUAUUUGAAUUCAUAUAUAGUAAAGACGGCCUUUUAAAAUAUCUAUACACAUGUAAAACACAAAAUCAAAAACAUAAACAAAAACAAUACAAAUAGAAUUGGGAUAAACGUAGCUUAAAUCGAAUUUUGUAUGCGAUACUUGGUUUGAUGUGUAUAUGUAUUUCAAGUGUGUGUGCGUGUGUGUGUGUGUGUGUGUAUGUAUGUAUGCUUAAAUUACAAUUAAAAUAAAUACAAAUAAGUUAAGAGGGGGUCCUACUUGUGGUUGUGUUUGCAAGAUAAUCACAUUGCACUUAAAAACUAAACAGUUUCAUUAAAAGUAAAUUUUGCUUUUUGUUUACACUUUUCUUUUUCUUGUUUUUGUUUCUUAUAAAUGAAC